AUGUCGCGGUCGGUGCUGCAGAUGAGGGCGCUGCUGCUGCUGCUGCCGCCGUUGUCUUGGCACAGGGGAGGGGGGUCGGGGAAGCGGAACGCGCGGGGAGAGAGGGGGGAGGAGACGGCGCCGCGGGACCCACGAUUCAAAACGGCGCCAUUGUCCCAGAAUGCCCCGCGCCGCCACUUCUGUCGUGGGGACGUCACGGACCACGUGGGGGUCCCCCCCAACCCCGCGAGGGGCCCCGUCACUCGGGCGGCGGGGCCCGGCGGGAGACGACCGACCGAGGCGGUGAAGGAGGGAGCGGACGGGGCGGACGUCGCGCCCCACCUGCCUAGCGAGGGCGGUGGGGUGGACCUGCGCGCCGUGACGCGCGGCCCCGACUCGAGUAUCGCAUUCCCCGCUCCGAGCCGGGGGCCCUCGGCUCCUCCACUACCCCGGGACGAGUCCACACGGGUGGCACAGCCACAGGCAGCUCACAGCCACACGCAGCUCACAGCCACACGCAGCUCACAGCCUCACGGGUGUCACAGCCAUACGGAGCUCACAGCCACACGGAGCUCACAGCCACACGCGGCUCACAGCUACAGGCAGCUCACAGCCUCACGGGGUGUCACAGCCUCACGGGGUGUCACAGCCUCACGGGCCCCGCUUGGAGCGAAGCGCACAGUUCCCUUCUCGCCGCGCUGUGUCACUGCCUCCUCGACACCUUCAUCGGUAAGAUGUGGUUGGCCGUGCUGGCGUGGCGGCUGGGGUUGGCCUUGCUUUUGCAUUCGGGGGAGGCAGGAGGUCCGGCCGCAUGGCAGGACUGUGUGGUGCAACUCGGGCCUCCCGGCCUGCCGCUCGGCCUGCCUCGACCGCUUCCUCCCGCUCAGCCCGGGGCACCUGGGCCUGGCGCAGCUUCUCGUCGCAUCGCUGCCGCUGGCACUUUACCUGGCGGCGGUGGCGCACAGGAGGCCCUGGAAGGCCAAGACCACGAGAUCUUGCCAUCACCACCAUCACCACCACCACCAUGAAGAUCACGACGAGUCGGAAAACGAUGAGGACGAGGACGACGAGGACUACGAGAGAGACGUUCACUCGGACAAGUACGGGCAAUUCUCCGUGCCGAGCGAGGGCGGCAGCGAGAAACGCGGGGUCGCGGUGGCCUCCCGGGGCCCGGGACGCGCGGCCGGCGCCUACAUCACGGUGGGGGCGCACGGCCACAACUCCGGCAGAAGCAGCAGCAGCAGCGGCUGCUUGGCCGCGCGGCUCAAGAUGGAACCGCCACACCGGCAGAACGCGCUCAACGCCACGGGCCGCAGGGGUGCGGGGCACCAGGGCCCGCACGGGGCGAGGAGGAGGAGCGGGGGGGAAGGAUGCGGGGCCCUUAGGGGGCCCGGGUCCCUGUGCGCGUACGUGCUGCAGGUGUCGCUGAGCGCGUUGCUCGACGCCGCGCUGCUCUGCGCGCAGCUCUAUCUGUACGCCCCGCUGCUGCCCGUGGGCCCGAAGUUCACCUGCGGGGCCGCCGCCCACUUCCUGCACCGUGGGCCCGCGGGGCCCCACGUGCAGCCGUGGGACCCAACCGCUUGCGGUGGCGGCCACGUGGAGUGCACGGUGGGGCGGCCGCACGACAAGAGUUUGGCGCUGAUGGGGCCACUGGGCCUGUCGGGGCUCGCGCUCUGCCUCAACUUGGCCGAUCUGCUCCUGUGUCUGCGGCUGUGGCUCGGAGGGCACUCGGGACCCCCCGAGCGGGGAACGAGGCCGUCCGGGCUACGGGGACUCGGCGAGAUCUCCGCGACCUCGGGGCACACGGAGGAGCUGCAGGAAAAAACAGAGGAGAAACCGGGAGUCGCUGCUUUUGCCGGACCGGGAAAUGCCUCCCUUGGGGAGAUCAAGCGAGACCAUGGUCCCCCGGGAUCGGAUUUCCUGGGUCCCCCUUACAGGGUUGCCCCCAAGGCCCCCCACGACGUCUACCCGUGGCUCUCGCCGUCGGACGUGGUCUGCGCCGCCCUGGAGCCGGCGGCAAUUGGAGCGGACGAGCCACGGUUCCCGCGCAAGCCGUCCGCCUGGGUGUGAGACCCCGUGCCCCCCCUGGGUGUGACCCCGUGUCCCCCCUGGGUGUGAGACCCCGUGCCCCCCCGUGUCCCCCCUGGGUGUGAGACCCCGUGUCCCCCCGUGUCCCCCCUGGGUGUGACCCCGUGUCCCCCCUGGGUGUGAGACCCCGUGUCCCCCCUGGGUGUGAGACCCCGUGCCCCCCCUGGGUGUGACCCCGUGCCCCCACUGGGUGUGACCCCGUGUCCCCCCUGGGGCUCCUCCCGUCCAUCCGCCCGCCCGCCCACACUCCGGGCGCGAGGGCUCGAGAAACAGGAUCCUGGGGUUCCAGGGGCAGUCUCAAUGCGGAUAGAUUGCAAUCUGAUGUGGAUGUAAUAUUGUUAGGCACGGAUGAACUUUUAAGACACGGAUGAAUAUUAUUUGUAAUUGCAGGAAAACUGGCCGCAUGUAUUCUUGGAAGAAUGGAUUUUUGUUACGCAUGACAUGAUGUAUUGCGUAUUGGAAAAACCGAUACUCGUGUCAGAUAAACAGACUUAUAAAAGCGGAUAAGCCGAUGUCUAUGCUUAAUAUGUGCACCUGACGCCUAUAGUACUGAACUUAAAAUCCAAGCGUCUAAAUGCGACCGUAGCUCAAAAGUGACCAUAAGGGAGCAACGUAGCCGGGUGGGUUCCGAGUUUCAGCCGCCCGUGAUCAAUCAGCUUCUGAAGUGUCGUGAGUCGAUUAGCUCAGCCUGGUCAGGAAUUACACGAAAAUAAGCAUUACAUUUGUUUUCCCACUUUGGCAAAAUUCCGGAUCGAUAAUAUGCUAAAGUGGCCGACAUGUGACUUGGAAGGGAUCUCUAGGAAGCAGUUGUGCCAUAUCCACUUCCACAGGGCGUUUUCGAGCACUGCUCUCCAAGGUUCUGAAUGGACGCUUCGUCCUGUGGCAUUACGUCGACUCAGCAAUCGGAAUACAAUUUGGAAAAGACAAGACACAGUAUAUAUACUGCGCGUAUAUUUAGAUACUUUAGACAAUGAGCCCCACUGAGGGGGAGGCAUCAAUGCGUUGCUCCCAUCAUGAGAAUGCGGAAUGUCCAAAACUGGCUCAGGGCUGUCACCGGGAGGUGAGCAGCGCAUCAACACUCAAUUGAGCAGGAAUCGCUUUGACGGCGACACAGAGGGCGGAAGACGCGAGCGUUGACUGGGAGGUGGUGUUUGACGUGCGACGACGAACACCUUCGUGU